AUGACAUCCACCCCCAAACAUGGACCGAAACUCGAAAAGCAGGCCAUAUGGCGCGACCCAUCCUCAAACGGGUUCUACGUUUGGGGCGGCACGGUAGUCUACUCCGACACACCCCCGGCAAAAGAGUUAUGGCACUUCGAAGUGGAUGGCAAUGGUGGCGGAACCUGGACGCAGGUCACCCCGGCGAGCGUCGUCGCUUUCAGCAAGCUCACCCGCACCACAGAAGCCUAUUUAACGCAGAGCAAAGAUGUGGGAUACUACUUUGGCGGCUUCCUCUAUGGCGGCAUGAGCACCGCGACCGGCAGCGUCUCUGGCGACGUCUACGUCCUGAGCUUACCCGGAUUUGUCUUCUUCAAGGCAGCAGGCUCGUCGGCCAUUCGGGCGGACCAUGCACCGGAUCCCUGGAGGCUCGGGUUGGGCAUCUCUGAUAUGACGGAGAUGCGCUGGUCUGACGGGUAUGAUUACCAGGCAACAACGUACGAGUCGUCGGACGCGGUCAAACGAUGUGAGCGUGACUUUAAUUCAGAAUGUGUGUCUAUAUCUCAAGAUAUUGACCAAGCAGCAGCGGCGCCCACCAACUCGACCUCGGAUCCUUCACCUACUGAACAGUCCAAUGCGGGCAGCGCAACUUCGACUCCGCAAGGUUCUAAGCCAUCCAAUCCGCCUAUCGGUACCAUCGUAGGUGCCGUUGUGGGCGGUGUUGUAGGCCUUGUCCUCGUAAUUUGUCUCGUAGUGUUCUUCCUGAGGAGGAAACGAUACCAGGCGGCGCCGCAGCAGGAGACAGGCGGAACGCCUCCAGAGUACGAGAAGCCUGGCAGCGCGCAAUAUGGAUACAAUGGACCGGCCGGGAUCAAUGCGCUACACGAAGGUUAUACCGACCACUUCAACCCCGUCGAGUUACCCGCAGAACAUGGUGCUGCGGAGCUUAGCUCCACGCAUGGCAGGUAUGAACUCGGCCAGACGGUGGCGAGGCCGUCCUAA